AUUCCUAGUUUGCACAUAAAAACUUUAACAUGAAUGCUAUAUUAUUUUUUUGUGUAUUUAUUGUCGUUCCUUUGACAUUAUCUGUAUGGUUCGCUAAUGUUUAUUCUUAUGUUUUUCAUGAGGGUUCAGGUGUUGCACCUGCGUCACCAUUUAGGGUAUGUCUGGCCAUCCUUCUACCUAUGAUAAUCGUUCGUAACGGUCUGAAAAAGAAAAGUUUAGGUACAUCUGGAGCUGUAGGGAGUCUCAUAGUCGGUUUUAUAAUGACAAUUAGCAAUUAUUGUUUUAUGGCUGCACUCCUUACAUUUUUUUAUCUUGGCUCAAAAGCCUCCAAAUUUCGAGGUUCCAUAAAAAAAUCUUUUGAAGAUGAUUUCAAAGAAGGAGGCCAAAGAACCUGGAUUCAAAUUGUAUGUAACGGUGUUGUUGCCACACAGUUGGCGUUAUUCUAUGUACUUGAAGAGGGGUGUUCUGAAAUAAUUAUUGACUUUAAAAAUAAAUACACAAGCUCUUGGUUAGCUAUUGGUGUUGUGUCUUCUUUGUCAUGCUGUUGCGGAGAUACUCUAGCCUCUGAGAUAGGAAGUGUAAUAAAUUUAUUAGGUACCAAUGGGGCUGUGUCUGUUAUUGGAUUAAUCGCUAGUGCAUUAGGUGGUAGUCUAGUUGGUUUGGCCUAUUACAUUGCCAUUUUACUGACCAGCAAUUCAAACGUACUUCGAAGUGGACCUAGACAAUACUAUGUAAUUAUUGUGUCCACUAUAGCCGGCCUCUUUGGCUCUCUUGUAGAUUCCUUACUGGGCGCUACAUUGCAGUAUUCAGGAGAAGACUUGACCAAUGGUAAAAUUGUAUCCGUUCCGACUAAGAGGACUAGGCAUAUAUGUGGUCUAUCAAUAUUAGACAAUCAUGCCGUUAACUUACUUUCAUCUCUUUUAACUGCCUUGGUAAUUCCUUAUACUGCUUUCUACUUGUGGGCCUCUUAA